AUGUCACGCACCUCGAGAGCCCAAUUUCGCCUUCCUACCCACUUGAAAAAUUCAGACACGCCUACUCCAGCUAGAUUCGACAAUCAACUUUGUCAUGGACAAUGGUAUCUCCUCCGUACGUCCAACCAAUACUGGAAAGACAAACUCAACAUCCGCACCGAAUGCCUUCCAACCGGAUCAGACUGCUUCUUCUACCAAGUAAAAUCGGGCGGAGCCGUCAAAACCAUGAAGUGGAAUACAAAAGCGGUCGAGGGAGAAAUGGCGACGUUCGUUUCGCAGGGGACAGGCUUGAUGAGGUUGAUCGGAGCUAAGUGGGAGGUGAUCGGGUGGUCUAAUCCGGUUGUGCUCGAUGGCGAGUCGCAACCAGGAGGACCAGCAUGGCAAGUCGGAUAUCAGCAUGGUACGCUCUUAACAUCAGCUGCGAUCAACGUGUCGUGCAGAGAACCUGGUAGGAUAUCCGAGGAGGACUGGACGGCGAUUGAGCACUGGCUAGCUGGAAUAGAGGACGAGGGGUUCAGGAGGGCGGUGGAGGAGCUAUUCACCGUCACCCAUGAGUGA